CAGACAAACAGUAUAUGCUUUACAAGGAAGACAUCCUGUGUUAGACGACGCUUUCGAGAAUUUGUUUGGCUUCGGCAGAGGCUUCAGAGCAAUGCGGUGCUUAUACAGCUCCCUGAACUGCCAUCUAAAACUCCCUUUUUCAAUAUGAACAAUCCUCAUCACGUGGACCAUCGCCGUCGGGGUCUGCAAGAAUUCCUGGAAAAGAUCCUCCAAGAUGCAUUAUUGCUUUCAGACAGUAGGCUUCACCUCUUCUUACAGACUCAGCUCAGCCCAGAGGACAUGGAGGCUUGUGUAUCCGGACAGACCAAAUACUCUGUUGCUGAUGCAAUUCACAAGUUUGCCUCUUUGAACAGUCGUUUUCCUAUAGAAGAUGAAGAGAGCAAAAAAGGCAAAACCAAUGCAGAGUCAGAUUCAGAGAGUUCAUCCUCCGGGCUUGGACCUAGUGAUGACAGCAUUUCAUCUGGAUGUAAAGCAAGCCCAGCUUCUGAAGAAUCGUGAAAAAUCAUUCCUGUAUUGCUAUCUUAAGGACAGUACAAAGCAGUUUCUGCUCUGUUUACUGAUUAUAUGUACCACAUAAACAGGACUGGCUGGUAACACAUACCUAAAAGACCCAUCGUUCAUACAACCGUUUGUCCUUACAAAAUGUUGAAAACAGACCUUGAUACUAUUUUUUUGUUGAUUUUUAUUUUUAAUGUAUCUUGAUUCAGGUCUACAUGCUACCUAUUUAUGUCUUUGUGACUAUUACAAUCUCAGUAUUGGGUAAGUCAUGCUCUGCUGACAUAGGUGGCAGUUAAAAUAUUUUCCUCAGUGAGUGCAUGUGUUGCAUCUGAAAAAUAAAGUUGAUAACUUGAUUCCUCAUCUUAAAAGUUGCUAUAUCAUAUCAAACAUAUUCAAAGCAUCUUUUUGUAAUUUGCAUCAGAGAAGUUUCAUCUUUAGAAGUCAUUUGACAUUGGUGAUGAAAUUACACACCCCCCAAGUUACUCACUUUUUAAAGUAGCUCAGCAACAUCAGCAAAACAACAUUUGUACAAACUAUAUGCUGCUGACAAUUUGAGAUAUAAAUACAUCUUCCUCUGGUCUUUCUGUAAUGCUUAUGGAAAGCCUGGUUUUACCAUGCAUAAGUACUGAAGGCAAAAAUUCUUGAGCAUGUUUGGGUAGAAGUUUAGAAACAUAAGUAAAAAUUACAUUAUUUCUAGGCUUGCUGGAGAUUCUCAGUUCCCAGGGACUUAUGGCUACUCGUUCCCAGUGAAAAUCCUGGUUCAUUGAAACCAAUGGCUGAAUUUUGAAUUGACCUUGCUAGGGCCAGGAUUUCUGUUUCACUUUAGACACCUAUACUAGAAGAUGUCAGGAGAGAUGUUCUAGUUUAGCAGCUGAACCUGAGAGUAUCUCCCUCUCUGAGGUGAUGAUAAUCACAUGGCUAUAACACGCUGCAUGGACGUGGCCCUCUCCGCUCUCCAGGAGUAACAGGAGCUGCUGAUUUCAUUGUGGCUGUAGUUAACACGUUGGAAUAUUGACUUUUUUCACAAACAAAAGGCAGGCUUGAACACAACUUCGUAACCACCAACACUUAUUUUGAUUAAAUGUCAGUUUUGCUCUUUAUUGUUCGCAGCAGCUGCGUAGUGUCUUGUCCCAGAUUCUGUCAAAGGAAUAUGUUUCACUGUGGUGUUGUAUUUAUAUUUGACAUUUAACUGCUAUUAAAAAGAGCUAGGGGGUCUGAUCACCCUAGCAAAGCUCCCAUUAACUUCAGUGCUGUAGUUACCAGCUAGAAAUGGAUAUAAAUACAUGCCUUUUUUUUUUCUCUAAGAAUUUUGUGGUUACUUUCA